AUGGAGCUAUUUCUACUAUCAAUCGGAAUAGUGCUCCUCGUGACGCUAUACAGGAAGUAUCAGCAGAUGUUCGAGUUCACGGAGAAAAUAGAAAUGCACGAGCCCUAUGUGCCCGUUUUGGGCCAUUUACCGCUGGUCGCUGGGAAAUCUCGGGAGCAACUGUAUCGACUUCUGCGAGAUGUGUUUCAGAGCCACGAUCGGCUCUUUCAUGUGAGACUCCUGUGGAAAGUGUUUGUGUGUACUUCUCACCCGGAUAUAAUGCGUGCCGUGAUGGACAAUCCGAAGACCAUGAACAAACUCAAAGAGUACGCCUUCACAAAAGUCGAUCUGGGGCUUUUAGUAGCUCCCUAUUCCUUAUGGAAGCAUCAGCGUAAGACGCUUAAUUUGUCAUUCAACAAGCGCAUCUUGGAGAACUAUCUCCCAUUGUUCGACAAGUGCGUCGGAAGGAUGAUCGAACGAAUAAGGAUGGCGCCCAACUUAAAACAGGUGGACGUGAUGGAAUACUGCUCCAGAUGUACGUUGGACAUGGUAUGUGGUUCUACAUUCGGCACGGACUCGUUAAAUGAUCCGAAGGCAGCCAAGUUGUUUGAGGUUAUCGAUGACGGAUUAGAUGCCAUUGCACAGCGUAUAAUAAACGUGCAGUACCAUCCAGACUUUAUAUACAGGUUUACCACAUUGAAUAAGCAUCAAAACCGUUUCAUGAAGAAAAUAUCCGCUUAUGUGGAAAAUAUUAUAAAUGUGCAACGUAAUUCUCACAAGAUUGAUGGAGUAAAAGAAACCACUACGGACGACGAGAUAGAAUACCGGAAGCCUCAGAUUUUUGUCCACCAGUUGUUGAAAAGUACGCGAGGAGGUGAGCCAUUCAGCGAUGAGGAAAUUCUACACCAAGCCAUAACAUUGAUAAUAGCGGGAAAUGAUACUACGGCGAUCGCUAUCUGCAAUCUUUUAACUUUGCUAGCAAUGCAUCCAAUGGUGCAGGAAAAAAUGCGCAGCGAAAUACUCAUCGUUUUUCCGGCAGGCUGUGAACAGCAGACAACUCUGGAGGCCUUGAGUCAGCUGAUCUACUUGGAGCAGUGCAUAAACGAAGCGUUACGUCUUUGUCCAUCGGGUGCAUUAGUGGGGCGCAGCUCCAUCGAAGAUGUGGAGGUGGAUGGAAUCUUGAUACCUCGUGGGACAAACUUUUUGUUGAACAUCGCGGCUAUGCAUCGAAGGAAGGACUUUUGGGGCCCGGACGCGGAUGUUUUCGACCCGGAUCGGUUCUCGCCUGAACGCUCGAAGGGUCGCCAUCCGAGUGCGUUUGCGCCAUUUAGUUUGGGGAUGCGCAAUUGCAUUGGUAAACAGUACGCAAUGAUCACCAUGAAGGUGGCGUUGGUGCAACUGUUACGAAACUUCCGCUUCCACACCGAUUUGAAGUAUGAGGAGAUGGAAUUCAAGUUUGAUAUCACAAACAAGCUAUCGCAAGGGUAUAAAUUGAAACUAGAGCCUUUAGUAGUCUGA